ACACCCAGAUGUUUGUAAAUCGAGCAACCAGCUCGCAGUACCCGUCAGGCAAGUUUUUGAGAUUAGACUGUCAACUCUGGUUUUACUUUGACUACGACGGUGCUGUUGCAUCUCUUUAACAAACUAGUAACCACAAUUUACCAACCAUGCCGGGAAAUACAGAGGAGUGGAUCCGGACCUCGAGGCGUACACCCGGCAUAUUUAUUUUCGGAAUGGUCCUUAGCCCAUGUGGCUUGCUCCUGGACCUUAUUGCAACAGUGGCUCCUAACUGGAGAACCAUAAACACAAUUGCCGGGAGGCCAACUGAUACGUACCUUGAACAAGGCAUCUGGGACAUGUGCCAGGCGUCCGCCUCAUCCCAGACGGUUCAAUGUAACCAACCGGACACGAUCUACUUCCAGAACCAGAUUAUACCGAUUGCCCAGGGCUUGAUGGUGGCGUCUCUGAUAGUGACUCUGAUCGGACUGGGCACAGCGAUCCCUGGGGUAAGGUGCUGGAGAGACCAUCCUAACUGGGUAGUUGCCGGGCUAGGGGGACUAAUCAUCUUUCUGUCGGGAGUCUUGACGAUUAUCCCUAUUGCAUGGUACACUAAUAUCCUCCAGAACAUCACAGCAACGACCACCAGCAACGAUAUUCGCGUGGGCUAUUGUAUUGUUUUGGGAUACAUCGGUGGUAUUUUCGAGGUACUGGGAGGCAUCGUCAUGGUUGUCGGGAUGUGUCGUUGUUGUGGCGGUAAAAACCGCGGAGAGACUCACGUCGUGGAGAACACUGCGCACUUCAGACACACGAAACCCCCUCCUCGACGCAUCGAGGUGCCCAGCAUCAGCCGGACACGGAGCACUGCCAGCAGCGUUCCCUACUCUCAAGACUCCAUGGCGGAAGAGGUAGACUUUCCUCGGGCUAAGACCACCUCAUAUGGGGGUAGAAAACCGGCUUAUGAUGCUGAUUUGUGAGGACAUAACAUGCCUUCGACAUAAAGACAUAUCAUGAUGUUUUUACCAGGAAAUUAACCUCUACAUGUAUGCCAGUGUUUUUAACUAAUCAAAGCACAUUUAAUUUAAUCUAAACUUGUUUGGAUUUGAUAAAACGAAAGUGUGGCAUUGUCCACUGCAACAGCACGAGAUUUGGGCGAUUCUGAAAAGACUACAAAGCCUAUGCAACGUAAACAAUUUGUCUAAAAAUAAAUACAAUUUUCAAUGGAAAUUGAAUGUGAGGUUUAUUUUGUCAUCCUACACGUUACUUUAUUCUAGGGCAACUUGAAUAAACAAUCGUUGGGUUUUCUGUACAUUACAGAGUAUUCAAUUUUGUCUUUUGAUGUCACUUAAAGACAUAAGGGUUAGAGAUUGUUUGUCAAUUAUAUUUUAUUGCUUUCUUUAGCAAGAUCCACAUAAACCAUAUAGACACUUGUUUUUUGUAUUUUUUUUCUAGUGUUUCAAUAAAUCUUUGUUCCAUAAGUUUUACUUGCCGCAUCUUGAUUGUAGCUUGAGCUGAUUGCAAUGAUAACCCACCAGGUUGAAUUGAAAAGAAUAUAACAUCCAGUUGUAGACUAAAUCUAGCUUUGGAUUAAGCAGUUAAGAGACUAAUUCGAUCCCCAUCACAGUUACAUCAAGUCAUCAUCACAUUUCAUGAUGAAAAUAUUUGAAACUUUACUUUUGGGAUGUGACAUGUCACUUCUAGGAAGGAGUUUUAGGCACUGCCAUGUUUUAACUGUAGGGAAUGCCAGCUACAUUGUGUGCAAUUAAUUUGUCCUACUUCCAAUCACCGGUUAUUUCCAACUUUCACAAUGGCUAAAGUUAACAUAACAGACUAUUUUGUGCAAGUCCUUUUUAGGAACACAAAAAUAAAGAACAAUUGGCACAUCUCAUACAUUGCCUGGCCACUGAGCUUUCUCUUUCUAUUGGGAGCCCGAACAACAACCAGAUGAAGAUAGAUAGAUCUGUGGUUCUACUAUGCCUAAUGAUCUCGUUAGUUGGUACUCAAUCAAAUGUAUUUAUAAAGCCCUUUUUACAUCAGCAGUUGUCACAAAGUGCUUUUACAAAACACCCAGCCUGAAACACGAAGGAGCAAGCAACAACACUGUUGAAGCACAGUGGCUUGGAAAAACUCCCUACAAGGGGCUAAAAGUAACCUAGAGGAACCAGUACUACAGUAUAAUUGAAAGGAUCUGUUAAAAACCACAUCACAAGAAGACAUUCGCCCAGGUGUAGUUACUUCGGAUAUAAUUACAAAGACUUAAACAUGCUUGCAAUGCUGAUAUCUAAUUUUAUUCAGAACAAAAUAUCAUUUUAUUCAAAUGGUAUUAUGAAGGUGGUGAUGUCUUCUAUAAUAUACAUUGAGAGUUGAUAUGUAAUUCAAACAUUUUUUUUUUUUUUUAUUUCACAGAAGAAUUUGCAAAAGUUAAAUGAAAACAUUGUACAUUGAGAUGAACAGACUUAUUUUCACUUUUUAUCAAAGCACAGUCAUAGAGCAAAAUAAGCUAAAUAAUUUCAAAUUCACACCCUCACUGUCUAGUAGAACAAGGAAUAGCAACAGCUGACCCUAGUCAUCCUUUGUGCUGCCAGUUUAAGCUACUUCCCUCAGGCCGUAGGUACUCCAUGCCCAGAUGCAGGUCAAAUAGAUUUAGAAACUCUGUUAUCCCGACUUCUAUCUCGAUUUUAAACAAAUUGUCAGAACUGUUUUAAGAUGUUUUUUAUUGUAUUGUUUUCUAAAUAGUGUGUUUAGAGGCUUAGAGAUUAUGUGUGCUUCUACACUAUGGUGUAUGUGUGUUGUGUUUUUGUGUUUUUUUUUCUGCUGGCUGUACAAAUAAUUGCCCCUCGGGGACAAUAAAGUAUCCUUGACUUGAC